CGGCCUCCCCCAGCGAGUGACCAGUCGCUCCCGGGAGUUGUCUCUGCUUACAACUAUCCCAUUUUCUAACAGAUGUGAAAAUGGAUGUCGAGGCGUCGGAAGCCCCAACAAAGUUCACCGUCGUGGACUACGUGGUGUUCGCCCUCAUGCUGGUGGUGUCCGUGGGCAUCGGCGUGUACAGCUCCCUGAGGGGCAAAGGGGCGUCCUCCACCCAGGCCUUCCUGCUGGGGGGCCGAGACAUGUCCCUCGCGCCCGUGGCCUUUUCUCUGACGGGGGGCGUCAUUUCGGCCAUUUCCAUUCUGGGGCUGCCAACGGAGCUGUACUUGUACGGGACGCAGCUGGUCAUGAACAUCUUCGGCGCCGUCGUCGGCGUGCUGGUGGUCAGGAACGUCAUCCUUCCCAUCGUCUACCCGCUCAGGCUCGUCUCCAUUUACCAGUAUAUCGAAAUAAGGUUCAACUCCAGAGCCCUCAGGAAGUUCGCGACGGCGUGCCAGUUGCUCUCGUCAUGCUUCUACGUCGGCCUGUGUCUGUACGCGCCCUCCCUCGCGCUCUCCUCCGUCACGAACCUCCCCACCUGGGCCUCCGUCAUCAUCAUGGGCAGCAUCUGCACCUUCUACAUCACUAUUGGGGGCGUGAAAGCGGUGGUCUACACCGACGUGAUCCAGACUCUCGUCAUGUUCUUUGGCGUGCUGGCCGUUGUCAUCGUCGUCUGCAGGAACAUGGGCGGAAUAGAGGAAGUUUGGGAAGUCGCCGGCCAAGGAGGACGGCUAGAAUUUUUCAAUUUGGACCCCAGCCCAUUCACCCGUCACACCCUCUGGUCCACGCUGGUGAUGGGCGUGUUCAUGGUGUUUAGUUUCUUGGGUGUGAGCCAGCCUCAGUAUCAGCGCUUCGCUUCCGUCCCCACCCUCGCCCAGGCUCAGCUACUGUCCUUACUGUUCCUCUUGGGAAUGAGUCUCCUGUGGGGAGUCUUCUACACCUCCGGCCUCGUCGCCUACGCUCUCUACAAGGACUGCGACCCUCUGACUUCCGGAAAGAUUGAGAAGCCGGACCAAAUUAUCCCUUACAUGGUGACUGAUAAGCUCAACCACCUGACGGGGAUGCCCGGGCUCUUCGUGGCGGCCGUGUACGGCGGCGUGCUCAGCUCCCUGUCCUCGCAGGGCAACGCCAUCGCCUGCGUCGUGUGGGAGGACUUCCUCAAGGAGAGACCCUACUUCCGCGACAUCAGCGACCGCAGCGCCACCAACGUCAUCAAGUUCCUGUAUUCCUCUAGACCAAGGGACUUCGUUUCAUUGCUAAAUGCAUGCCACGUCCACGAUUUCCAAAGACUCGCAUAG